GAAUGUGUUAAAAAUACCAAAAGCAUCAUUUUCAUCGGAAUGGACCUUUAAAGAAAUGCAUUGAAAGGGAACAAAGUGGAUUCAGAAAAUCUGUGGAUGUUUCUGAUGUAUUCUUACAUAUAAUUUAUUUUUCUUUUAUGGAGGCCCUAAUACUCCCUCAUACUUCCCUUUCCUCUGCUAAUUGUUAGUAUCCUUCCUUAUCUGAGUUACUAGAGUGAUUUCCAUCAAAGUUCCAAAAAAGGAAAUGGAUCGAACGAUUUAUAUUAGAUAACAUUUUUACAUUUAAACAGGUGCUCUGCUUCACUCCCAGCUGAUUCAGAGGAGCGGCUUCCUGCCCUGUAAACAUUGCUGAGUCAUGCCGGCAGAUGUACCUUCCACAGUUUUCUGAAAGGCAAACUAGAACAUACCGUCCCAUACAUGGUCCAGAGGCAAACGUUGGGGAAUCGUGUGUGGAUGGGGGGGUGACUACAGGAGAAAGGACAGAUGCACCGCAUCACUUGGGGACACACCCUGCCGGGGAAGUGCUGUAGUGCAGAGGUGGAUGAGACGGUGGGAGGGCAACAACAAGCGGCGAGAACAGAGGGAGGGAUGCUGAAUCAGGGAAACAGCGUGAAAGCCAGGGAGAGGGUGGAAGAGGGGUGCGACAGCUAACAGCUAGGUGGGACGUUGGGUAAAAAAAAAAAAGCAGGAAUCCGAAAACAUUUCAUCCUGAUUGUCCAAACUGGAUUUAAGAGACUGACUUUGGUGUCAAAACUGUUCCUUUACACAUUUCUGGAAGAAAGACGAGCCAGAUGGAUGUAGAUGAGCCAGUGUGUUUGCCCAGGUUGUCCCGGAUCGCUGUGUGUGGUGGUACCCAUGGCAACGAAUUGCCAGGAGUCUACUUGGUGAGAGACGUGCUAAAGUUGCAGAGAAGAGCCUCGGAGGGAGAGGAGGAUGACGGCGAAGAGCACACAUCCAUGCUAACCGUGCUGUCCAACCCGAGGGCCGUCCAGCAGUGCCGCCGAUACACAGACACCGACCUGAACCGCUGCUUCACCCUAGCCACCCUCAACGGUCCCACAUCGGACUCGCCCCCCUACGAGGUCCUCCGGGCCCAGGAACUAAACACCAUGCUCGGUCCUAAAGGUGGUCCAGGAGCUGUGGAUCUGGUUUGUGACCUUCAUAGCACCACAGCCAACAUGGGCCUGUGCUUCAUCGCUUACUCAGACUGCGACUGGAUCUGCCUGCACAUUUUCAAGCACCUGCAGAGACGAAUGCCAGAUACACCAAUGAGAUUCAUCCAUCUUGGCAUUUCAGGGAAGGAAUCAUACUCUCUUGAUUCUGUUGGAAAACAUGGAUUUGCCAUGGAGAUCGGCCCUCAGCCGCACGGGGGGGUCAGAUCGGACAUCUAUGCGGUGAUGAGCGCAGGCGUGCGGCACAUGCUGGACUGGGUUGGCCUCUUUAACUCAGGCGCUGUAUUUGAAGGAGGAUGGGUGGAUGUGUUCACCCUGGUCAAAAACAUCGACUACCCCAGGGACAGCAAGACUCACAACAUCACAGCAGCCAUUCACUCUCAUCUCCAGGAUCGAGACUUCUGCCUGCUCCGGCCCCAUGACCCCUUGUUCCAGACGUUCACAGGGGAGACCCUGAGGUAUGAAGGCGGCGAGCCCCUUUAUGCCCUCUUCAUAAACGAGUGCUCCUACUACGAGAAGGGCAUCGCACUCUCGCUGGCCAGGAAGAGGCGGCUGGCGAUCCCCGCCAUCCGGGCGCAGACGGAGGAAGAGGAGCAGGCCGACGAGCGGGCAUUAACGUCAGAGGAAGAGGAAUGAGAGGUGCUUCAAAAAAAAGGAAACAUUUUUUUAUUCUAACGCACCCUUUAAAAGUUUACGACACAAAGUUUACACGGAGGAGUCACAAACAUCACAGGAUACAGAGGAGUGAGACGCUUCUUGUGCUUUUAAAUGCAUUCACAAAUAUUUCAAAACAUGUUUUAGAAAGGACCGUGGAACCUUAAUUACAUCAAAAAAAUACUUUUACUACCAGUUACCAUAGCAACAUUUGGGGCAUGUGCAAAAGGGGAGGGGGUAGCUUAUCAUAAUAUGGCCUUUAAAUUACAUUCAUAAUGCCAAGGAAGCAAAUUGAUUGUUUUUUUUCGCUACGGUGGCAACAAAAAAUGUAAUCCGAAUGACAAAAACACUGUUAAAAACAAGUUCACAAGAACAAGUAUGAGGUAAACAAAAUGUGAACACAACUAUGUGGACUAAAUCAUCCUUUAUCUUUAGUUGUACUAAAAAAACGUAACAGAACUUACAUGAAAAAUACACCAAUAACUCAAAAUCACUGAAAAGAUAAACGACAUGUCAAUUCAGUACAAAAAAAGGGAAACAGAAAUGUGACCUUUACGGAACAAAAAGUAACAACAGUCGCCUUAAAGCUGCUCUGAAAGCGGCUGAAAUGACAGAUGACGCGUUUUUGGGCUCCCACAAUCCUCGGCUGUGUCCCGCACCUUUGUGCAUUACAGACAGCUGCUGUUUUUUUUUUUUUUUUAGGUCCCACAAUAGGAGAAAUCCAUCAAACUCACAUGGAUCUUUGGGUGACAUCCGAAAUAAAAACCAAAACAAACCUGCAGCCUGCAGUCAUUCGUCACACACCAGUCGCACAUUUCCUUUGCUGCAUGACUGCUGUAAACUAUUGGAACACUGUUUGUUGUGUUUUGUCAUGUACAUCGAUCAUAUUGCAGCCAAGCUGGACAAACGAAAUAAAAAGACUAGACAGGAAUAUUCAGUGUGCGUCUUGAGUGAUUGAAGCAUUCCACCAUUUCAGGAAAUGAGUGUGAUAACAUUUCAGGAAAAACAACAAAAAAGGCUUUUUUAAACAGAUCGCACAAACGAAAUGCAGCGCAGACGACGAAAACAGAGAAGUUUAAAGAAGAGCAUCGGAUUGAGGGUGUUUAAAGACUCAGGACUGACCUGGAACAAAGACGACGGGAGUUGGUACCGUUUUGUGAUUUUACUUUGUGAAAGGUUUCGGUUUGAAAGCGGUUUGGACCCCCUCAGCUUCCAGGCUCAAGGGGGGCGGCGGGUUCCAACUCUGUGCUUCUGGUUAACAUGACACAUCAGAUACCUGGUUUUUUUCCCCAAACUCUUACAUGUCUUGGUUUGUUAUUUAUGGACGCUUUUUGCUAACAAA